AUGGCAAAGACUUCACUUGUAUUGGUUUACUACAAUGGUUCAAUCAUUGCUAGUGAAGACACAAUUAUAUUUUCGUUGGACGAUCAAUCAUAUUUUUAUGUCGAAGACGACAUCUCUUACGAAAAUUUAAAGAGAUCCAUUGAAGAAAGCAUUGAGACUGUUGACAACCAAGGAGUUUCAUGUAUCAAAUUGCGUAAUGACCGAGAUGUUAGGAUGAUGUUCGACUGCUACAAAAGAAAUCCAGAUAUUGGCAUUAUUGAAUUGUACGUAGAGUUCAGCGCUGCAACUUUCGAGGGUGCUCCUUCACAACAACAAACCGCCCAAGAUGACGAAGUUCAACGCAAUUUGAGACGGGAGAGGAUUUCAUCACCAUGCCAAAUUAAUGAACCUGAACGUGGAGACGAUGAGGAAGACGAUGGUGACAGCUUUGGGGAAGACACUAAACCAAGUGUUGAUGACAUUCAGUUAGAAGAAUGCAAUCUUGAAGACAUUCCAAUGACCUACCAUAAUUUCAUGAUGGCACCAAUGGAACCUCCAGCACAUAUGCGGACCCUUGAUUUGGAAGCAAUGUCCGCACAAGAAUUUCUGAAGUACCCUUUAUUGUAUGCCGACACAUUAACUGGAGCAACGACAAAUGGAGAUCUUCAUGUAGGCAUGAGGUUUGGAAGCAAAGAUGAUGCUGUGACCGCAAUUAAGCAUUACUGCUUACUUAAAUCUGUCGAAUACAAAGUUAUUGAGUCUGAUCCGACUCGAUACUCCGGUAAAUGUAAGUCAUAUGGUGAUAGGUGCAAUUGA